AGGGUGUACUCGUGCUGUAUGCCCCUGCCUCUCUUAAGACGCUGCUGCGUGUGGUGCUGUUGACCCUUCUCUACUGGCUGGUCUUGCUUCCUGCUGACUGGUGUAGCUCCUGUCAAAAGAUUCGGAGGGUGCCGUCUGGUUUUGCAAGGGGGAAGGGAGGCUGCGGUGCCAACAGCGGGGACUUGCUCUAAUAGCCGACAAGAGCGAGCUCAGCGCAGAGGGGAGGGAGAGCGAGUGAGAACAGAUAACAGGAGGCAAGAAUGGGUGCCUGUCUCGCCUGUGCGGCGUGCCAGACAUGCGUCAGUGUCGCCAGCAUCUGCUGCAGUUGCUUGGGAUGCUGUACGAACGCAGGGGGCGGCGAUGGCGCCAACGCUCCUCUGGUGGGCCGCGUGAGGGCGCUGACCAUCAUGCUCGUCUCCGUGGUUCUUGCGGUUGCGGGGCAAUACGGGUGGUACCAGUUAUUCGACGGGUUCGAUUGGUGGAACGACGGUUGUGAAGACGAGGCCUAUUCGGAAGAGUUCACGGACGUGUGCAUCGGAAACACCGCCGUCUACCGGGUCAGCUUCGUGGAUGCGGUGUUCUUCGCGUUGAUGGCCCUGUGCGCGUGCUGCUCGCCGGUGUUCAACCACGGCUUCUGGGGUUUCAAGUUCAUGCUGUGGGCGGUGCUGAUGAUCGCGACGUUGUUCAUCACGAACGACGUUUUCGACACGAGCGGCUACGUGUGGGUGGCGAGGAUAGGCGCCUUCAUCUUCACGAUAAUGCAGCAGAUUGUCCUCAUCGACCUGGCCUACAGGAUCAACGAUGGUCUGGUUGAGAAGGCGAGUGAGUACGGCGACGACAGCGAGGAGGCCAAGCCAUACCUCUGCGCCCUGCUAGCGGCCAGCGGGGUGCUCUACACCGGCUCGCUCUGUGCCAUCGGCGCCAUGUUCCACUACUUCCAGGGGUGCGCCGAGAACGAGCUCGUCAUGUCGCUGACCCUCAUUCUCGCGGUGGCGGUUACCGCUCUCCAGCUGCUGGGGGGCGAGGGAAACCUGCUCGCCUCGGCGGUGGUGACCUCUUACGCCACGUUCCUCUGCUUCUCGGCCGUUUCUAAAACGCCAACCUCUUCCUGCAACCCCUUCGUUGGGGAGAGCAACACCACCGUCGUGCUCAUCGGCAUCGCGCUCACUUUGCUGUCACUCUUCUGGGUAACGCUGAAUGCUGCCAGAACCGUGACCGCCUUGCUCGGUGGCCAGGCAAACGAGGUGGAAGAGGCGCCGGGCCCGGUUCAAGGGCCAGGCGGAGACGGAGGUGGGCCGCUCGAGUCUGGCGGCGGCGACAAGACCAGGCCGUUUGUGCAAGGAGCCGUUACCGCCCAGGACCAGGACGUGGGCGCUGGGGCUCCGCCGAGACCUGCCACCCCCGCGUCGGCCGGAACUGCUUCCGCCGCUCAGAGCGACGGUGGAUUGGGCUGGAGGUUCAACGUUGUGAUGGUGCUGAUCUCCAUGUUCUACGGAAUGAUGCUGACGAACUGGGGGGACAUCAACGAGGACGGCGAGUCGAGCGACCCCAAAAACGGAUGGACGGCGAUGUGGCUCACCACCACGGGCCAAUGGGUCUGCUACAUCAUCUACGCGUGGACUCUGGUCGCACCUCUCGUAUUCCCCGACCGGGACUUCUCGUAAAACAAAUUCGAAAUUCCCGGUGAGAAAGCUUGCCGGGAUAUGUGAACUCUCCUAGGCUAAUAAAUAGAAUUUCCCGGCAAGGUUUGGCUUGGCGGGUUCGGGCUGUUGAGCGAGGACGGCGGCUCUGCUGUGCCACAGUUUCCAGGAAAACAUUGUGUCGUCGAGUUUUUUCAGGGUGCCUGGUUGAUCGUGGUUCGGCAAAGUUAAAGAUAGGAGCUGGGCAGUCCAUGUUUUCCGACAAGAAGUUCUUUACGUUUGAUGAAGACGUGAACUCGCCGAAACUCCGGUGCACCGUGUUUGGAUUGGGUUUGAGUAGGGAGAGGGUAGGCCUCAUUGUUUUCCCUCACAAUGCAGAUGACUCUUGUACAUAGUGGUUGGUUUGGACGCUGUUUUUGGCCGCACGGAGCUCCUCAACGAGAAAAGCGAAGGUGGGGGGGAAGGCGGUUGUGCCUUGGCAUAAAAUGAGUGGACAACGUUUUUCCUUUUUUUUUUGGUGCGGGGGGGGUGGAGGCGUAGCGUGUAUCCUAAUUCUCGAGAGUAUUGUCUCGCGAGUCUAUGGCUUUCGCCUAUUUGGGGGUUUCCUCAAAAACGACGACACGCAAUUGGGUAUUUUGUGCAGGGGACAAUCUGCAGCGGCGCUCCUAUAUAGAGAUGUUAGAGUUCCCUUGUUUUGUUUUCGGGCAUGUGUCGAGCCUUGUGUUCUUGCGAGUCCUGAGGGUAAAAUGUUCGUAACUUGUUUUGAUGUUGGCAGCACUUGUUGUAGCGCAAUGCGGAGGUGGAUGUGGUAGGAGGGUCCGGCGAUAGACUUUGACGAGUCUGAGGCACAAGCGCUGUUUGUUUUCGAAGGUCGGGCGUGACUUUUUUUCGUGGCACGCCUUCAUGUCUUCAUGGAUAAUUGAUCUCAUUCACUUCACUUGUUGGAGGCGCCGUUGACGCUCGACAGCUUUUGCCAACGUAGGGGAGAUUGGGCAUCAUACCUGUGGUAUGCGAUGCGGCAAUUUCUGAUUGCCGCAAGAUAUGUAUGCAUACACGUGGCCAUUUUUGCGCGAAGAUGGGCGUUUCUUUCUCCACUACCAAUAUGGCAAGAGCGAGUCACGAAGUCGUUUCGUAGGACACAGCAUUUAUUGGUGGGUAGCUGUGGAAAUUUUCGAGCGUGAGGGUUCACUUGAGCGUUCAGUGUUGGUUUUUCGCUCCGGGCCUGUUGCGUUCUCAGCAUUUGUCACGGUCGACUAUGGCUUCAAGUACAGGACGCUUCUAAGGGUGACUUGAUUGGAAUAUGUGUGUGGAAGUUGAGCAGCAUCGAAGUCUACGGGAAGGGGGAGUUGAGUCCUUCUCCCCAUGCAAAGAAAGAGGAAAAGCAUAGGUGCGUUUUGGCCUUCCGCCUUCUCACCUUCGAUGAUCAGAGCUGGUCAUACACGCGGAUUGGGGUCCUCUGCGUUCAUUGGUGUUUUGUUGUGAACUUUGGAGAAUGAAUUUUAUUCAUUCACAUUGUACGUUGCGCGUAGGAUGUCUUGGGGUGCUGCACCAUGAGGUUGUCGAUUUCCGGUCACAAUUUGUAUCGCGCCAUGCGCCCGCUUGACGCAUCGGCCGAUAUUCUCCGCAGCAGAGAGAUGGAGAUCAUGGCCCGCCUAUUGGCGAUGAACCAUCAACAUACAUGUGAACCCUGAAUGACACUCACA